AUGACUUCGGCCUCUUCUUACAUCACAAAAAUAAAAAAAGUAUUUGUUAAAGGAAAAACUUCAGAAUUCAAAGGACACUCUAAAAAAGUAAAUUCUAUUUCCUGGAAUUGUGAAGGGAAAAAGUUAGCUUCCGGUUCUUCUGACAACACACUUAGAGUUUGGGAUCUAAAUCAGAGUCGAGGUGAUACCUACAACGGCCAUUUCGGCCCUAUUGAAAAACUUUGCUGGAAUCCUUCUAGUACUGACCUCGUGGCCACCGCCUCUCUGGACAGGACCGUCAGAAUAUGGGACAUCAGAGCAAGUAAAAGUGUGAAAACCAUUGAAACUAAUAGUGAAAAUAUAAACAUUGAUUGGAGCCCGGAUGGGAGUACUAUUGCUGUGGGAAAUAAAGAUGAUCAAGUUAUUUUUAUUGAUGCCAAAAAGUGGCACAUCAUAUCGAAGCAGAAGUUUCAGUUUUUGGUGAACGAAAUAAAGUAUAACAAAAACGGAAACUGUAUUUUUUUAACCAAUGGAAGAGGUUGCGUUUGCAUCUGUCAGGCCGAACAAAUGGCCCUUCUUCACACUGUGGUUGGACACACGGCGGACUGCACGUGCAUUGCUUUCGAUAAGACUGGAAAGUAUUUUGCGACAGGCGGUGCGGAUUCUUUACUUUGCAUAUGGGACGCUGAGGAAUUCAUUCCCAUUCGAGUCGUAUCUAGAUACGAAACGGCCCUUGAAAGUUUGAGUUUUAGUUACGAUGGAAGUAUUAUUGCUGUCGCCUCUGAAAGCCACAAGCUGGAGUUGGCUUAUGUAGAAACUGGCGAAUGCGUGAUGGACUUUUCAGCACCCGGGCCAUUGGCUGCCGUAUCCUGGCAUCCGUCUAAGCACGUGCUCGCCUAUGCAGGCGUGGACAACAGCAGCGUAAGAGACAGCAGAGACGAACCGCGUGGCAUGUUGAGGGUAUUUAGCGCUUUUUCUUAA